AUAUAUGAAAUGGGAAGACUUUUAGUUAAUCUUAUUUGACUAAAAAAAACUACUGCUGCUGCUCAUACAAACUCCCAUCCCAUUCCAAAUAAAUUUUAAUUGAAUAAGCUUUUUAUUUUGGGUUUCUCCAAUUUUCAGUUUGACUGCACAAAACCCCAAAUAAAUUUGAUAGAUCCUUACUCUUGAAUUUCCCAUUCCAAUUGAAAUUUCAAUUUGGUCAUAUUUUCCCUCAUUAUGAGGGUUUGAAGUGGAGAAGAAGAUGUGCAAGAUCUGGCGCUUGCUCUUUUUAUGCUUCAUUUUUGUUUGUGAAGUUGCUGCUAAUUCUGAAGGUGAUGCGUUAAACGCAUUGAAGACCAAUCUGGCUGAUCCUAACAAUGUUCUUCAGAGUUGGGAUCCUACCCUUGUGAAUCCUUGCACUUGGUUUCAUGUUACAUGCAAUAGUGACAAUUUUGUCACCCGUGUUGAUCUUGGAAAUGCAGAUCUAUCUGGUCAGCUUGUUUCUCAACUUGGUCAGCUUGUAAAUUUACAAUACCUGGAACUUUAUAGCAAUAACAUAAGUGGAAGAAUCCCGGAAGAGCUUGGGAAUUUGACGAAUUUGGUGAGCUUGGAUCUUUACUUGAACAAAUUAAGUGGUCCAAUUCCAGUGACAUUGGGCAAGCUUCAAAAACUCAGAUUCCUGCGUCUCAACAACAACACCUUGUCGGGAACAAUUCCUAUGUCGUUGACAACCAUCAAAACCUUGCAAGUCCUGGAUCUUUCGACCAACAGACUAACGGGGGAUACUCCUGUCAAUGGCUCAUUUUCCUUAUUCACUCCCAUCAGUUUCUUUAAUAAUCUACUAAGCAAUCCUCCGCCUGCUCCUCCUCCUCCUCUGACUCCAUCGUCACCUUCUCCCUCUAAUGGCAAUAGUGCCACUGGACCUAUUGCUGGAGGAGUUGCUGCUGGUGCUGCUCUGCUGUUUGCUGCCCCUGCAAUUGCUCUUGCUUAUUGGCGACGCAGAAAACCAGAGGAUCACUUCUUCGAUGUACCAGCCGAAGAGGAUCCUGAAGUCCAUCUUGGACAGCUUAAAAGGUUUUCUCUUCGUGAAUUACAAGUUGCAUCGGAUAAUUUUAGCAAUAAGAACAUUUUGGGUAGGGGUGGAUUCGGAAAGGUAUAUAAGGGACGUUUAGCAGAUGGUUCUUUAGUGGCAGUAAAAAGAUUAAAAGAGGAGCGUACACAGGGUGGUGAGCUGCAGUUCCAAACAGAAGUGGAAAUGAUCAGCAUGGCUGUCCAUAGAAAUUUGCUUCGCCUUCGUGGUUUUUGCAUGACCACGACGGAGCGGUUACUUGUCUAUCCAUACAUGGCUAAUGGAAGUGUAGCUUCAUGUUUACGAGAGCGUUCAGAAUCACAAGCACCCCUAAACUGGCCAAUACGAAAGCGAAUUGCAUUAGGGUCUGCAAGGGGACUGGCUUAUUUGCAUGAUCAUUGUGAUCCUAAGAUCAUUCACCGUGAUGUGAAAGCUGCAAACAUAUUGUUGGAUGAAGAAUUUGAAGCAGUUGUUGGUGACUUUGGGUUGGCAAAACUCAUGGACUACAAAGAUACUCAUGUUACCACUGCAGUGCGUGGCACAAUUGGGCAUAUAGCUCCCGAGUACCUAUCAACUGGAAAGUCUUCAGAGAAGACUGACGUUUUUGGUUAUGGUGUCAUGCUUCUUGAACUGAUCACUGGACAAAGGGCUUUUGAUCUUGCUCGGCUUGCAAAUGAUGAUGAUGUCAUGCUGCUUGAUUGGGUGAAAGGGCUUUUGAAAGACAAAAAGUUGGAGACAUUGGUUGAUGCGGAUCUACAGGGUAAUUAUAUUAAUGAUGAGGUGGAGCAGCUAAUCCAAGUGGCUCUACUGUGCACACAAAGUUCCCCAAUGGAAAGACCUAAAAUGUCUGAAGUGGUGAGAAUGCUGGAAGGUGAUGGAUUGGCAGAAAGGUGGGAAGAGUGGCAGAAAGAGGAGAUAUUCCGUCAAGAAUUUAACCACUUUCAGCACCCGAACACAAAUUGGAUAGUUGAUUCCUCGUCCCACAUCCCCCCAGAUGAAUUGUCUGGUCCCAGAUGAUGCCUUACUUUGUAUGUACGCAUCAGGAGUGUUAUCGAGGCUCAUUUGAUGGCAAGAAAUGUAGUUUACGCAUAUAUGUGCAUAAAGUUUUUUUUGUUUUUUUUUCUCUCUAUCUUGGUUGUCAAUAUCUAGUUUAUAUGGUAAUGUUAGAAUUGAUGAAUCAUGUAAUUUCAAAUAGGGCGUUCAGAAAGUUGGCAGGAAUGGCCUUGGAAUAUAGCUUUCUUGUAUUCAGAAAUUAGUGGAGAUUGUUACAUUAAUAAAAACGUUUACAUUUUCUAGUCA